ACAAACGUCUCGUGUUUUGCCGGUUCGGCGGUAACGAUUUGGAUCCCGCGAGUGAAGGAAAACAAACCAUGGAGGUUGAAACCGCUCGGCCGUAUUUCUUUGGAGACAUCGGCUGCUGGUCGGAGAGGACGGAGGUGCACAAGGCCGCCUCUCUUGGCCAGGCCUCCCAGUUACAGCAGCUCAUCCAGAGCGGAGCGUCGGUCAACAUCGUGGCUGUGGACUCCAUCACGCCCCUCCACGAGGCCUGCAUCCGCGGCCAGGCCCAGUGUGUCAGGCUGCUGCUGGACGCCGGCGCCCAGGUGGAUGCGAGGAACGUGGAUGGGAGCACCCCGCUGUGUGACGCCUGUUCGGCCGGGAGCUUCGAGUGCGUCAGGCUGCUGCUGGACCGCGGCGCCAAGGCCAACCCGGCCCUCACGUCCCGCACUGCCUCGCCCCUCCACGAGGCCUGCAUGGGAGGAAACGCAGACUGUGUGAGGCUCCUGAUUGCCAUGGGUGCUUGUCUGGAAGCGUAUGACCUUUACUAUGGGACCCCGCUGCAUGUGGCGUGUGCCAACGAAUACGCCGACUGUGUUAAAGUGCUGCUAAAUGCAGGCGCUAAAGUGAACGCUGCCAGGCUCCAUGAGACUCCGCUGCACCACGCCGCGAAAAACAUGCGAGUGGAUUUGAUCGAGAUGCUGGUAGAGUUCGGGGCCAAUGUUUACGCCAGAGACCAACGUGAUAAAAAGCCUCUCGACUACACAGCGCCGGGCUCUCCAGCGGCAGCCUGCCUACAGUUUUAUGAGAGCACUCCCCUGAGCCUGCAGCAGCUCAGCAGAGUGGCUGUGAGGAACAUCCUGGGCACCAGAGCUCUGAAGGUCAUAGGUCAGCUGGACAUACCGAACCUCAUCAUCAACUACCUCUGCUACCAAUGACGUCGCCCCUCGGAGGAGAAGAGGGACACGAGGCGAGAGACUGGAAACUCACAGACUUACUGCACAGUUACCAGAAAAGCACAGUGCAGUCGCAAUCGCAUGAGACCUGAUAGUAGUAGACGCACAUCACGGUAACACACGCGCAUCUUCAGCUGCCACGGAUAGCAUGUCUUUCUUUUAAGCUGCACCAGGCAAGAUUUUUUUUUUUCUUUUUUAGUGAAAAUGCUCCCUUUUCCAGUGCAACCGAUCCCACUUUAUUGCACUUUAUGGCAAUAAAAAACAGGAACUUUGGACUUCCCAUUUGCAAAAGGUCCAGUUCCAGUUGUUGUUUUGGUCCCUGGUCGAUACAUGGGAUCACAGGAACUGACGGGACCCUGUGGCAGGGCUUAAUAGUUGAUUGGUUGCACAUUUUUGCAUCAUUAGAGUGACUGAGGGUGAGUCUGUAACCAACAUGUUAAAAUUCGCGCUGAAGUAGAAGCCUUUUGCUGUUAGCUGCUGAGCAUUUGAAGAAGCCAAAUGGAGAAAACACAUGCAAACCACUUCAAAAAAUAUUCUAACAUACAAUUAUGAUUUUUUUUUUUUUUUUUGCUUUGUUAAAGCUGCUGUGACAGUUGCCAUCAUGGUUUCUCCUGAAGAAGCAGAGCUAGAACCAGAUCUAACUCCAGUUUCUGUUGCAUUUGGUCUAGUUUAUUGUUGUGCGGCGGGAAAGGGCCCUCAGUAGCAGCUGAAUUUAGAUGCCAUAUUCUGUCACUGAUGAAAUUCUGCUGUCUGGUAUCUGCACUUCAACCACAGGAAGUGAUGGAUCAAAACUCGAGAAAAAUCCAAACUGUCUCCUGAACAGCAGUGAGUCAUCAGCGUUAGAUCUUCCUCCUCUCUCGUCUAUUUUGUUUCCUUUGGUGUAAAAUGUCAGAGGGCGGCCGGGUUGGUGAAAAUGAGUGAGCUGUCUGUAGUUUACUGACAGUUGCAUAAUUUCUAGGUAUUGAAGUUAACUCCAGCGCCGCCAGAGUGUGAAAUUGCCUAGUGCAGCUUUGAGCCUUUAAUAAGAUUAAAUCAUGUUUGCCAUUUAGAAAAAUGUAAACAUAACAUAGCACAAGAGGACAGAUGCUUCUGAUUUAAGGGAUAAUUUUAGCUGCGUGUUUAUUUCAACUGUUUCAUUGUCUCGUAAGCAGGCCUGGCUAGGGGACGAGUGAUGGAGCUCAGUGAGAAGAAUAAGAUCUGUAUUAUGGCAUUCGUUUUCUUGUGAAAGGUGAGUAUGUGACCUGAAGGUUGUCGGUUUAAAUCCUGGACUGGCUGGAAAAAGUGAUUGGUAAAUGCUCCUCCCUUGAGCUGCCAUUCGUUCCUGUGGUCAACAGCAGGAAACUGGUUGUUCUGGGCAGCUUCCAGGUGUGUGAGUGUGUGUGUGUGUAACAGGGACUGUGUUUACAUGGACCAAACAAUCCGACUAUUGGCCCUGUUGUAAACCAGCUGUUUGCUCGGGUUUCUUAUAGAACUACUCCUAUUCCCAUUUACAUGCUCGAAACUGCAGGGGUGUCAAACUCAAUGACUAAAGGGGCCGUGUUAAAAAAAAUCACAACCAGUUUGACAGCCAAACAGAGCCUAUAUCAUGCUAUAUACACUUUUGUCUAAAAGCAGUCAUUCUCAUGAUCAGAAUAUUUCCUGUGUAAAAAUAAUGAGUCAUACACAAAUGUGAACUUUACAUGAAACAUUCCUCCCCAAAUUGGCUAUUAAAAAACUGAUUGGAGUGGAAAAUGACAUGAAAAGAAUCCACUGCAUCUAAAAAUAAAACUAAUAUUCAUGUUAAACCAGUAAUUUGGUCAAAUAUACCAAAGUAUCUCAAAAGUCAAACAUCAGUAUAUAGAGAUGUAAGUAGGAUGACUUGUGAUUACAACAAACAACCUCCCACUUGUGUUGUAAAUUUCCACUUUUCAUUUUGACGUUGCUUUUGGGCUGGCUUGCUAACAAACUAGCCAGCUAAUAACUGUGUUGAUGGAUCGAUCUGAGCUGCUGAUGAGCUCGUCGGGAGGAAGAGGGGCGAAGGCGCGCAGAGGAUUAGUGAGGUUGAUGGUGCAGGACGUUGCAGUGCAUUUCGGGGUUUGCAGUAUCCGUGUUGUAGGCAAUGUGGAAUCAAAAGUCAUCUUGUGGGUUGGAUUUAACAGUUUCCUUCCGGUAUACAAACUUCUGCCUGGUUUACUCUUGUGGCUGUUUUCUUGCAGAUCUUCUUGCACAUUUUUAAGGCUGCACAUGAAGAUUUGUGCUGGAAAGUGAUGCAAAAACUCCAAGAACGCCCCACAACAGCCCAACUGAAGUGAGAAUACUCCAUGUCUUAAUCUGAGCAUCAUUUACUCAGCCUUAUCUCUGGGUAAGGUGAUCAGAAAAUGCUGUUUAAUUGACAUCUCUUACUCUGAGACGUGUCUUAAUUGAGUUGAUACCGGAAUGCUGCAGUCCAUGUAAAUGUAGUCCGUGUUACAUGCGUGCUCACUCGGCCUUCCCCGGAAAAAUCAAAGGCUAAAUAAAGCAUCCCCAACAUGUUGUAGCAGCAGCUGUCUCCAGAUGAGCGACACUCUCCAGAUGUCAUGUCACUGCGGCUCGUCCCAGCUUCCCCUCAUUCGAACCUCAAAGUUUCAAGGAGGCAAAGAUCCUGGCUGUCUAUUUUUAGCCGGUGUCUGUUGCUCCGAUCUGCCAACGGAGACGACCCAGAGCUCGGUUUGGUCUCAGUAUUUUUAGGAGGUGCAGGAAGAUGUUUAUGAAUUCCACAAAGUGCUUAUGAUUGCUGCGUUGGCUCGGCUCUCGUCUGACACAACCUGACCCUGAGGAGCAAAGUGUGUUGAUUGUGUAACCGUGUCAACAGCUUGGUGCAUCUGUGUGUGUGUGUGUGUUCGUUCUGAAAAAUCUGAAUUCACCCAUGGAGGUUGACUGGUUGCUAAUUUUUUCCAGCACCGCCUCUCUAUACAUCCAUCCAUUUCUACACAUUCCCACCUGGAAGCUGAAAAGUACAACCAAAGUCUUGUGCGAGUCGCUCUGCAGCAUCACCGGAGCAGGUUGGGGUUCGAUGCUUUGCUCAGAGGCACCUAGGCAGUAGUUAUCGAGGGAACGGGGAGCAUUCCCUUUCUGUUGCGUAUGUUUUCCUGGCCGUUCUGGGUUUCAAACUGCUGAUCUUUGUGUGGAUUGGAUGUCUCUGUACAGCAACGCACAUUCCAUCAAACAGUAAACUUUAUUCCAGGGAGAUCAUACAAGAAAUUCAGGACACUUUAACCUGAGCUCACUUUGCAGCUGCACUUUAAAAGACUAUUAUGUAAAAAUACUUUGAGUCUUAAUCAACCUAAAUUCACAAUACAAGGCUGCAGCAUAGUAAAGCGUCGCAUCUCCACUAACUUAGACACCGUAGAUUCACCCAAAUGACAUUUUGCUGAUGGGCGUCUACACUCACCUGACCAAUCCACAGUUUACUGACACCUUACAGGAUUUCUGGAUACUGAAACUCAGCUACGACUUAUUCACAUUUAGGCCCGCCAAUGUGAAAAGAUGGCUUGUGCAGCUUUAAAGCCAGCUCUCCAGUGACCUGAUAACCUCGUGUUUUCAUACCUCACUCUGCAUUCAGGCAAUUAAAGUUGGAAAAAUGUCACAUGACCAACUGGUAUUUACCAGGUUUUACUGAAAGAUGUAAACACUGACACCAGGAGUAAAUCAUUGCUUAUUUAUAUGUCACUGUUGCUUGUUUACUGAUAAAACCGGUCAUUAUUUAAAUUAUUUACACAUUAUGAUAAAAACAUGGAUAUUAUUUACCAUAAACUUGAGUAUCAUGGAGCAUGGCUGAGUUACCGUUUGUAUUUACGACUUUAUUGGCUUUUUGAGUGCAAAUUUUCUGUGGUUUUGAUGAAAUUCCCGACUUUAUUCGAGGACUGUGUGACUCAGCAUCUCAGUUCAUCUGGAGGGUCAACGGCCAAAUCCUUACUGAUCUGGAAAAAAAAAAUUGAAAAUGCUGUUUUUGUUUCAAAUUGUUUUCUGUCGGCACAGCAUUCUCACAAAGUUUUCGAAACGUUUGCCAUCCACACCGAAACACAAAAGAAUUUCUUAAUACGCAUGUGCAGACUAACCUUGGCUACUUUCCCCGCCAUGUUGACUGUUGCGGUUCCCACCAGGGGUCACAUGAGGAUUAAGUCAAAGGGGGUGUCUUCCUGUUUGUUGUAAAAUUAGUUAAGCCCUUUUACACUGUAAACUGUGAUACUGGGCUUUAAAUAAACUUGAACUUGAAUUUGUUUCAGUGUGGACGGAACGGCAAAAUGGAGAAAUAAAGAUGCAUUUUCAGGUUUCUCCAGAUUAGUGGGGCCUACAUCUUUGGAUUACUUGGUAAAACAGGAGUAACAGAUAAUCACUGAUGGCUGGCACAAGCUGUCUGGGCUCUGGAUUAAAAAGCUGCACAUGUGAGAGUCACUGUGAUUGGUGAUGGAGAUAAUAAAAAUCAAAAUCAGUCACUCUGUGCUGUUGUGUUACGGGAAGAGUUUGAAAUUGACUGAGGUUACGAGGUCAUUGGAGGAAGGGUUUUGAGGAGCGAGUGGCCAUCUGUCUGCUGUCAUGGAGGUCUGCACCUGUCUUUUACUGUUUGCCUGACAGGUUUUUACAGAGCUUUCAAAAGCAAUGUGCACCCUCAUGCAAAUCUCUGUUUACUCCGUCUCUUUGUGUUUUCCUCUGCUCUUGUGCAACGUGCCCGGUCUGCACGAAGCUGGCCCGAGCACAGAGCUUUUCUCCUCCACUCCGUAAAUAUGCCAACCCCGCUGCAAAUCAUUAAAUCAAACUAUAAAUUCCUCGCAAACAAUAUUCCAUCAUUGCUAGUCUACUUGGACUUGGUGGAAGAUGCAGUCUAAUCCAUUUUAAUGUUAACCACUGCGAUGGGUUUAUAAAUAAACCUUGAAGCACAGAUCUCUGGACUCGGGCCACCCGCGUUCGCAUGCGGAGGGAGGACGGACUUUCCUUUAAAAGGCUUGUUAAAAUAUCUGACCCAUGUUCUGAGGAGGUUGCUUCUUAAAGCUUAAAAUAACCGCCACAAAUGAGAGCGUUUUAGUUAAGAGUGGAAAAAGCAGAGGAGAGGAGGGCCGGCAUGCAGGGAAUGUCCACUUAUCAGGGCAAAAAUUAUACUUGAUCCAAAAUAGGAGCUCGCCGGUUUCUCUGUCAGAUAAAACGGCACCAAAAGACAAAGGCAGGUCCUUCACUUAAAGCACCGUCUGCUUAAAGUGGACAAAGUCAGGUUUAAUACACUCAGAUGGUCGUCACACAUAUUCAGUUAUCUCUGUAAGGUGGUGGUGCUACUGAAAAACUGAUGAAUUGAUCCCGCAAAAGUAUUUAUCAUUGUGAAUAUUUAUAUUAUGUACAAACUGUGAGAUAAUGUUGCUCUGAUUAUGACUAAGAUAUUGAUUGAUCAAAUAAAUUGCAUUGUUGAUUCA